AUGGGGGGCAGCCUGCGGGUGGCCGUGCUGGGGGCCCCGGGCGUGGGCAAGACGGCCAUCAUCCGCCAGUUCCUGUUCGGGGACUACCCCGAGCGCCACCAGCCCACGGGCGCGCCUCGCCUCUACCGGCCCGCGGUGCUGCUCGACGGCGCCGUCUACGACCUGAGCAUCCGCGACGGCGACGGCGCUGAGCCCGCCCGGGGGCCCGGGGGCCCGGAGGAGUGGCCGGACCCUAAGGACUGGAGCCUGCAGGACACGGACGCCUUCGUGCUGGUCUACGACAUCUGCAGCCCCGACAGCUUCGACUACGUGAAGGCGCUGCGGCAGCGCAUCGCCGAGGCCAGGCCGGCAGGCGCCCCGGAGGCGCCCAUCCUCGUGGUGGGCAACAAGCGGGACCGGCAGCGGCUGCGCUUCGGGCCGCGGCGGGCGCUGGCCGCGCUGGUGCGCAGGGGCUGGCGCUGCGGCUACCUCGAGUGCUCGGCCAAGUACAACUGGCACGUGCUGCGCCUCUUCCGCGAGCUGCUCCGCUGCGCCCUGGUGCGUGCGCGGCCCGCGCACCCCGCCCUGCGCCUGCAGGGGGCGCUGCACCCCGCGCACUGCAGCCUCAUGUGA